AAUUUGUGUAUGCUUUCCCUGAACAGGUUGGCAUGUUUCCAUCUAACUUCGUAGAAGAUAUCGGUGAUGAGGAAAUCACGCCUAAACAGACCGAGUCAGACCUUGAAAAUAUAAAUAAUCAGCUUAACAUCAACAGUGAUGGAAAAGCAGAAAUAAAACCAAAACCAGUUCAGGGAACAGGCUAUGGCGUUAAACUUGCAGACCUUAAGAAAGAAGGGACCACUAAGAAGGAGCCAGAAAACUUGACAAGUAAUGGCACAGCAAAAAUCCUGGGAUCUUCAGGUUCUUCAGCAUUCCAGCCAGUACAGAAAACAAAAGAAACUCUCAAGGAAAAUGGUAAGUACUUUAUAUGGGAAGAUCUGAGAGUCUUCACUGUGCUGCAUUUAUGAACAUUUCAUAAGAGGAAUGUGUUUCUCUAGUACAAAAACUGUCCAUAAUCUGAGAUUACUUUUGGGGAGAUAUUGUUGCUGAAAUGUGUCAUUGAUUUCGCUUAAUGAAGUAAAUAAUGUAGUUAGCAAAAUACUUGGUGCUUUUUUGUAUGUUACCAUUAUUACUUGCUUUGAGUAAAGCUCCCUGAAUAAGUGAUUUAUGGUUUCCCUGAAUCCUUGCACAAAUGUUACCUUGCUCACAACACUCCAACAGCAUGCCAAAAUAUAAAAACCAC